AGCCAUUCUCCCAUUUCGAUGGCCGUGAUCCUCCAUUCUCACAGCAUAAUCAAAUGGCAGAGAGCGGCGCAGAAAGUGGUGGCGGAGGCCGCUUCUUACAAUACGAAGAGCCAGGCAUCGUCGACAUCCUCAUCAUAAUAUCCUUCUUCACAUUCCUCUGGAUCGCUGGCUAUAUAUCCAAGAAAAUCAUCCGAGCCGGAAUCAUCGGUCCCAUCGCCGUCGGAAUCAUCUACGGCCAACCUCUGGCGAAUAUUCUGCAGCACAUCUGGCAAGAAACGUUCAUCUAUCUCGGCUACGUCGGAUUAAUCCUCAUCAUCUUCGAAGGAGGCCUUACUUCGCGUCUGGAUCUCCUUCGCGCCAAUCUUACCCUAUCCGCAGUGUGCGCCACCACAGGCGUAAUCCUCCCCAUCGGCCUCAGCUAUCUACUGCUAUACCUUGGCUUCGGAUAUGGCGCCGUGGAAACCUUCAUCAUCGGCGCAGCAUUGUCUGCAACCAGUCUCGGGACGACAUUUGCAGUCAUUUCGGGAGCUUCGCAGAGCGUGGAUUUGAGUCAGACACGUGUUGGAGCAGUCCUCGUCAGCGCAGCUGUGCUUGAUGAUGUAUCUGGUCUGGUCAUGUCGAGUGUGAUACACGAUCUAGGAGGCAGUACAGGCAAUCUUGGCUGGCUCAUCGGACGACCUAUACUCGCAUCGAUUCUCAUGGCGGUUUUGACACCUGUCUUAUCGAAAUGGGUAUUUGCGCCUGGGUUUCGCAAGUUCAUUGAACCGCAUUUUCACGUGUUUGAUCAUUUGUUCAACAUCGUGUUCAUGAUCUUAGUGCUUUCGGCUUUCAUUUCGAUUGCAGCCUAUGCCGGUACCUCGAUACUAUUCGGUGCGUUCCUCGCUGGCUCGUUCUUGACAUAUUUACCUUCAAGGCAUCCAGCCGGCCCGUUCGUGGUUCUCAGCCGAGAGCAAGGAGAGAAGGAGAAGCACAAGAGUCCCACUUUUAUCCACACUUUCGAAUACUACUGUUUGGACUUCCAAGUCUAUAUCCUGGAACCAUUGUUCUUCGCAAGCAUUGGGUUCGCGAUCCCGUUCUUAGAUCUCUGGACAGGAGAGGCUAUCUGGCAUGGAGUUGUGUACACACUUCUCAUGGUGCUGGGAAAGUUCCUAGUAGGCAUCUGGCUGCCGGUAUGGGCAUCAUGCUCGAGCUCGAAAGACAGCACAGGCAAAUCUGAGUUGCCGUCCGUGGAAAAAGGUGCGGAUGCUGGACGUGCGGCGAGAGUGAAGCCAAGCAUAUACCCAGGCCUGCUUCUGGGUAUGGCAAUGGUCGCUCGAGGGGAGAUCGGUCUUUUAAUUGUUGAGAUUGGCUACAAUAAUACACCAUAUGUCACCCAAGCAGGAUUUCUGACUGCGAUCUGGGCCAUCUUGCUGAAUACGAUACUCGGACCCAUAGCGGUGGGCUUAUUGGUCAAGUACAAAGCUGAUCAAAUCGCACACGGCGAUUGGGGCCUAGUGGAAGCUCCUGACAGUGCCCAAACUGGAAAAAAAGAAGAAGGCACUGACAAGGGAUGA